AUGAUAACAGAUACAAUCGAUUUGAGCAUUGUUCGAGCUGAAGGCUUUGACCAUUUAAAAGUUGGAUGCUACAUCUCCAUUAAUGACCAAAUUCAAAAAGUAAUAUCACCUUUAACAGUAGAAAAUGAAGAAAAUUCAUUUGAAUUGUUGCCAGUUGGAAUUUUAAGACUAAUAGUCAAAUCGUUAAGUUUUCCAAAUGAAAUCCUUGGAAGUGUGAGCCUUAAGCUUGAGCUUCUUCCUAAAGAAGGGCUGCAAUGGUUGCCUCUUUUUAAAACAGCUAAAGAUACUAUUUAUGAGCUGCCAGAUGAAGUUGAUUCACCAAAGAUUUUGCUAUUUAUGAACUCUAAUAAAAAAGAAGACGCCUCAAUUUGCCAUAUAAGCUCGCUUAGCCCAGUCAUUGAAUUAACUGAAAGUUCAGAAGGUGAAAAUGAGCUCGAAGAGAUCCUUUAUUUAAGCAAAAAAAAUGACUGUAAUUUAGAUAUAUCCACGAAUACUCUUUCAAAUGAUAAGAUUUUAAAGGAAAGAAAAAUCUAUGAAAAUUCAAUUGAAAAAGACUCAAAUGUUUUCAAAACAACCCCCAUAAAAGAGAUUUACAAAGGAUCAGAUUUAUCAAAAAGCGACAAAGAAAACAUCUACACUUUAAAUAAAAAUGAGGACUCAGAAAAUGAGCUUCAGAAAAGUAAAAUCAAAGAAGUGUCUUUAAUGCAGCUUUUAGAAACAAAAGACAAAGAGAUUGCACAGAUGAACUCUCAAAUUACCUCAUUAAAACUAACCAAUUUAAAUUUGGAAAAUGAAAAAAAGCAAUGAAAUAGCCAGCAAGCAUCUAAAACUUCAUCCAAAAAAAUCGAGUCGUUAUUAAAAGAAAUAGAAAUUUUAAAACAAAAAUUAGCUAAGUCUGAAACCCAAAAAAGUGAAUUGCAGGCAAAUCUUCAGAAUAUGAACCCGAAUGACAGCUUUGGUGAAAUUUCUAAGCCAAAAAGCGUUUUAGAUGUUCUUGAUGAAAAUGUUACUUCGUUUUUAAGAGCACAUAGGAUUGAGUCUUACUUCUCAAAGCAGCAAGAAUUAUCUUAUACGUUUAAAGGCAAAAGAAUUUAUUUAUCAAUUCAAAAUAACAGAAUUUAUUGCCGAGAAGGAGAAAGCAUUUCAACUAUAGAAGAUUUGAUUAAAAAUAAUGCUUUAGAGUAUAAUUUGCCUUAUCAGAACCUUAUAUAUAACGGACUAAAUAGUCCUGCCCAAACUGUCCACAAAAGAAUGAAUUCUAAUAGCAUCCUGAUGGAAAGCUCCACAAUAAGCGAUAAAUCAUUUGAAAAUAUGAAUAAAUCUUAUUGCGAUAACGUCAAAGUUCCAAUGCAAAGAUCAAAAUCAUCAAGAGGAAAUUUGCAAAAUGUUCCUAUCCUUAGCCAAUAUAGAAGUAAAUCUCCUAUUAUCACCCCAUUAAAAGACUCCAGCAAGCCUCUAAGAAAAUCCGGGAAAGUUCUCCAAAAACCUCCAUUUAAAUAA